GACUUUGGGAGAAGAAUAGGCCGACUUUUUCUGAUCAUUUGUCAGCUUUUAGUGUAAUCCCAACCAAGCUGUCGUCUGCGAGCGAUCAAGACGGGUUGACAUGUGAGAAAAGGCCUGCAAUCAUAAACAUGGGAAUUUUUCUCAGUGAGGAAAUGUUUCAUAAAAGAUUCACCGUUUCAAAAGUUUACUCUUUUGUGUUUGAAUGAAAAUAUCGUGGUUUCUGUUGAGUUUAGAAUCACAUUUCAGGAAAUACAUUUGCCAUUGUGUAGUGUUAUCAUUUUCAGUAAUCAGAUAAAUUAUAAAAAGUUUAUAAUUAUUGAGAGAUUGUAAAGGAUAUGAAUAAUUUGUCUAAAUUGUGGUUCAUGAAUUCAAAAAUGAUAUUCAAAUUAUAAAAUUUGGUGUCAUAUUUAGUGCUUGAUUGUUUUCAGGCUUACUAUUGAGUAUAUUAUUUUAGUUUUGUAUUUAAUUUUCUAUGCAAUCUACGUUAAAGUUGUUUCCUAAAUUACAUCUGUAAAACUGAAGGUUUUUUUUUCUUUUGAUACAAUAUAUGAAAUGUACACAGAUAUCAACACAAUUUGUAGAGUAUCAGUUUAAAUUUGGUUACCAAGUAAUGAGAAAUAUACUUGUUAGGUUACAUAAGAUAUCCUAAUUAUCUUGGGGAAGAAUUUUCAGCAAGAUACAACCGGAAAUGUAGAAUUUUAAAACGCUUAAGUGAGAAUCACUAAAUUUACCAGGGACCCUUCGGGGGCUCUAUUCGCACCGUGACAAAGUUCAAAGAAACCGUCUGACCGUUAGUUUCAGCGGGUCGCUUGUGUUCUUGACAAUCAGAUAGGCUUUUCACACUUCAGUAGCGAAAAACACCGAUAACUACCGUGAAGAUUUAGAAACGCUGUAACAUUCCACUUGGCAUUAAUUAGACAAUUAAAACUCUUUUAUUGUGAUUGUACUUAGGUGCUAAAAUUACUGUACUCUGAACGAGUAAACAAAACACACGGAAAGCAAUUAGUGUCACUUGUCUACCAAAUGGUUGAAAUUUUUAAUUAAGAAAUUGAAAUGUUAUAUAAAAUACUUUAGUUUUAAGAAGUCCGUGUCAAUUUCAUUUGAGAUAUCAUGAGAAAGAAGAAGGACAGAAAUGGACUAAGUCAUCUCCAAGCAGUUUUCACAUGAAAAUAUAUUGGUGUAUGAUAAAAAAAAAAAAAGAAUUCAAGAAUUCACCAGGUAUAUUUUGUUCAAGCUUGAAAAAAAAUUAGUGAAUUCUUAGUUUGUUGUCAAACAAAUUUAAUUGAAUCCGUAUGUUUAUGUACAGUUUAUUAAUGUAAGUAAAAGUUAUAUAUUGUGUUGUCAAAGGAGUUUCCAGGCUCUUAGACUAAAUCAGAAAAUGUGGAAAGGAUUUACCGGAAUUCUUAAGGAUUACCUGUCCAUGUUAAGCAUUACUCAUACACCUCGUUCUACCAGAUGGGGAAUCCUUCAAACAGAUGGUAAAUCUGAAUUUCUUCAUAAAGUGUUACUUUCCAUGCUCCUUGUUUAUGUCGUAAAUAUAAAAUGACACAAAUGAAAUAAUCUUUAUUUUCAUUCAUUUCGAAGAAUAAGUAAUGGAUUCUAAUAUUUUUGACACUUGUUUAUGUCGAUUUUAAAUAUACCAAAUCCGAAAUAUUUUUAAUGUACGCUUUAAUCCCCCCAAAUCGGGUAAUCCCGUACUAACUAAAACAGAAAAUCCCUUUAAGCAUUAAUACAAUUAAGUCAAAAUGAACAAGUCCUGAAUGUGCCUCGGCACGUGCAUUUUUGUAAAUUUUACAAGGUCGUGACCUGAUAUAUGGGUCACUGAUGUAAAAAAAAAAAUUAAAAAAAAUCUCAUUUUUUUUAACCCCUAUGUUAUCAAUUUCUUUCAUGGAGUUGACUUUUGUUCCCUUUGUAAAUGAUUAACAAUAGAAUAGAUAUACUGUUGGGAUUAAAAUGGCUGCUUUUGUCAUAUAGAACCAAGUUGUAUUACCAUUUAACAGGGAUACAUAAUAGUGAUCUUUUUAAAUACGGGAAUUAAUUCAGGUUUUUCAACACUUACAAUAGGUCUCGUUGCCUGUACAAUGUAGCACUGGUUAGUGUUUACUGUUAUAAUGGCGUAAGAAAUAAAAUACCUGUUGUUGUUUGGGAGAGCGACAUGAAUGGAAUUUGUAACAUAGAAGUCAGAUCAAAGAUUAGAGUAAUGUGUCGUAAAGAACUGUUUAGUGUAUUCAAAUUUUUGUUCGACAUGUAUUCAAUAAAAUUUUGAUUUUACUAGGAAUAUUCCCAAUUCAGUAUUUUAUAUUUAAACGUGGACAAAAUGUUGCACGAACAAUAUUAAUAAAGUUUUGAAGGUGACAAUAAUUAUGAAAAUUAGCAUAUUUUUAACUUAAAUCCUGAUAAAUCAGAUGCCAGUUGGAUCAGGGGAGAUAUAUUUUAUAUUUCUUUUUAUAAAAUGCAUUAUAGAUUUUAUGUAAUUUGAAACAUAACGAAAUUUUCUUGUAAUGCAGGAGAAAUAAAAUCAAAAGAUGAAAUAAAGCUUUAAGAAAUAAACAGUUAAGACGUAUUUACAAUACCAGGAAUGAAAUUAAUUUUAUGUACAGAAAAUAAAUAUGUAAACUUUAUUUUUUUUGUUCCGAAAUUUUAAGUAAUGAAUAUUGAUGUAUAAAUAAUUAUUUUAUGACAUUUAUCUGAUCUAAAUCUCAAAUACUGAACUCGGUCUUAAUUUUACGCCGUUGAGUGUAGUUCAAAUCAACCCGUUCCUGGCGUUAAGAAUCGCUUUACCUGUAGACUCCGCCCACUUUUGUUCACACCUUCUUUGCUCCAACACAAUUCACGUCAGAUUUCCCGUGGAGAAUUAGCAUGGGGCGUUUUGAUUGGUCGAUGGUUCUUGUAUUUGUUCUCGACCGAAUCGAUAUCUCGUGUUCAGUAAACCAUAUUAGUCAAAUGAAAAAGAAGUAGCGGGGUAUUCAACGUGUAUUAUUGAAAGACAGUGAAAGGACCAAAAGAUUUAUCAUUUUAUCAUCUCAAUUGGAUUUGAACUUUAUUCAUUUCCAUUCGGACAAUACACAGUUUGUGCUAAGAUUGUGAACAACUCUCAUGGAAUAUCAGGAACAUCCCGAGCAGGAUUUGUCAAAGCCUGGACAAACACAGCUACCCCCAUCUUCUCAAGGAAUGCACGUGCCGGUCAACCCACAGCACGCGGGAAUGCAUGUUUCCCAUUCUCAUGUCCAGCAGCCCCCACAACAACACUCGCCUAACUCCCAAACCAACCUCAACGGCAGCGGGGCUGGAUCCCCUAAUUCAGGAGUCAACAAAAAAGAUGUGGACAGAGUCAAACGGCCUAUGAAUGCCUUCAUGGUGUGGUCUCGCGGUCAGAGACGAAAAAUGGCCCAGGAAAACCCGAAAAUGCAUAAUUCCGAAAUAAGCAAGAGACUUGGUGCUGAGUGGAAAUUGUUAUCCGAGGCAGAAAAACGACCGUUUAUAGACGAGGCCAAGAGACUUCGUGCCAUACAUAUGAAGGAACACCCCGAUUACAAAUACAGACCACGAAGGAAAACGAAAACUCUCAUGAAGAAAGAUAAGUACGCCCUACCAGGAAUGCCCACAGGUGCCCCCCUCCAGCCCGGUCGAGAGGCACAGAUGUAUCCAAUGGGAGGGUACAUGCCCAACGGAUACCCGGGAAUGAUGCACGACGCCAAUGCAUACAUGAAUCAAAUGAGCCUAGCGGGACAGUACGGAUACAUGCCACCACAACAAAUGUCCGGAAACCAGAUGACAUCCGGAUCCUACAUGAACGGAAGCUCCAGCUACACAAUGUCCAUGGCCGGAAUGGCCCCCUACCCCUCAAUGUCUCCCUCUCAGAUGACUGGUGGUGUCAAACGAGAGCCCACCCCUGGUUCUGGUCCGCAGGGACCUGGACGACCCACGAAUCCCGGAGAUUUACGUGAAAUGAUCAGUAUGUACCUACCUACCGGCGAUGGUUCUGAUCCUCAUAGUGCUCAACAAAGACUCAUGCAUCAAGCUCAUUACCAACCCCCUCCGCCAUCCUCUGAAACGGGGGUAAAUAACGGGGUCCCACUGACGCAUAUGUAACAUCAAUCAGAGACAGAAUUAAUUGUAUCAUACGAAUGUGUUUAUAGACCUGACUUUAUUAUAUAUAUAUAUAUUGUGUGCGAAAAAUCCUUUGUUGGAUAUUAUGGUCAUACAUGUAUAUCGCCAUUUUUUUUUAAAUUUAUUUAUUUAGGGUUUUCUUCAUUUUUUGGUUUAACUUUGUCACCUAUAACAAUGUGCGCCCGUUUACAAAUUCUACAAGAAGAAAAAAAAACUAGUGAAGAUUUUCAUCAUUAUUUUUUUUUAAAUUUUAUUUAUAUUUUUUUUUGUUGGAUGCACAAAAAUGGCUUUCUGACUGAAUGAAGAGUGACUUCGUGGAAUGUGUGUUCGUAUGACGUUUUCAUUUUCAAAACUAUCUUCAUCAAGGACUGAGCAAGUGUUUACUUUAUCUCUUAUUUUACAACCACGGGACACCUAGGUACGCAUAAUAUAUUUGUUUUGAAUUUAUGAAAAAUGUUGCUCAGACUUCAUUGUAUUUUGUGCUUCAAAAUACAAUUUGUCACACGGUUAGAAACUUAAAUUUUCACAAAAUCAUCAAUGAAUCGAAGUUACCAGUAUUACUUUAUUUUAAUGUUCAGUGUGUGAACUAGAUUUAUAAUUAGUUUAUUAGACAAAAUAUGUUUAUAUUUUUUAAGACUUAUUUUUGUUUCACAUUUAUAAUUCAAGCUCGGAACUAUAGGGUUUUUAGGUAUACUUACAUAAAAGGUGACUUGUGGUCACUUAGAUUUGUAAAUAUGUAUGAUCAUUCAAAAUGCUGUAUUUAUUUGAGAGUGUUUGGCUAUAGAGAUAUACGAAUUAUCUCAAAUAGAAAUAUUAAAUGAUGAAAUUAUA